UAUUAUGGCUGUCGGUCAGCAUUUAGAUCAGGGCCAAGAAGUGUUUGUCUUCUGCGCUCUUUCAGUAUGCGAGGAGCUCAGGAUCGCGCCAAUCGGCUUCCGCACUGAUGCUUAAUUGACGCAGAGCCCGUCGUCCUUUGCUGUAUUUGGGUUAUUCGUACCGACGGUUUCGUUCAUCGAUGGCACGCUCCCUCGGCCCUGCAUCCUUUCAACUAGCUGCCUGGAGAGGGGGAGGGGUGCCACUUUAUAUCGAUAUUGUUCCCGCUUCGUACUGGGAUUUACACCCCCGGAUCCUGAUAUAAGUCAGAUUUGAAAUGUAUAUAACAACCUUUGCACUUCUUUCCUUUGGAAGAUAGAGAGAGUGUCUGCUACCCACAGGAACGCGUCAAAUCAAGAACUCCAAGUCCGACCCUCAAGUUCCUCCCAUCGGGCAACACAACAAUGGUCUCGUCACGACAGCUCGCACUGCUAGCCGGAGCUCCGGCCGGCAUCCUCGCCCUCGCCGCGCCGCUCGUCCCCCGCGCCGUGGACUACAGCAAGUGGAAGCCCGGCGUCAGCUUCCAGAUCGUCCUCCACCACCCCAUCUUGGCCGGGAGCACGGCCGACAUCGUCCCCGCCAACGCCGACGUCUGGGAUAUCGACCUGCAGCACGCCGUCGACUAUCCUAACAUCAUUCCCACUCUCAAGUCGGCGGGAAAAAUCGUCAUGUGCUACUUCAACGGCGGCGCCCUCCAAGACUGGGACGAAGACCUCGACGCUUUCCCCUCCGCCGUCAUCGGCUCGCCCCUGAACCCGCCCUACACGGACGAGCGCUACCUCAACAUCAAAGACGCCCGCGUCGUGGCCCUCAUGAAGGCCCGCCUCGAGCGCGCCGCCUCCAUCGGCUGCGACGCCGUCGACCCGGACAACAUCGACGCCUGGGCCGAAGACGGCGACGACCCGACGGGGUUCAACCUCCAACCGUCCGAUUACGCGACGUACAUCUCCGCGCUGGCGGCCCACGCGCACACGCUCGACACCACGGCCGGUUCUGGGAGGAAGCUGCUGCUGGGGCAGAAGAAUGCGCCGACGAUUGCGCCGCAGCUUGCGUCCGUGGCGGACUUCGCGGUGCUCGAGACGUGUCUGGGGACGAGGACGUCGGACGAGGUUGAGCCGUUUUGCGCGGACUUCCAGCCGUACAUCGCGGCGGGUAAGCCCGUUUUCCAGAUCGAGUACCCGUUGAGCGUGCGGGACGACGACUCCAUCAGCCAGGUUGAUUACAAUUACUUUUGCGUCAACAAGAAUGGCAACGAGGGGUUCAGCGAGGUCCUGAAGCAUGCGAGCGAGCAGGUUGAUGGGUGGGGCCAGUUCUGCGGUCUGGGGCUUACGGGAGGUAGGUUUGAGACGCCCACUGUUGAUGAGGGGGAUGAUGAGGAGUAAAAGGGGGAGGUUUCAUGUGAGAGAUGUUCAUCGAGGGACACACCGAGUCGUGAUGACUAUGGACAUGACUUCAAUUCUUGUACUUAUAGCUUAUAUCCAGUAGAACAUGUACAUGCUGGUAACGAUAUUUCAUACAGAUCAAAGGACGAAAAGAU